AACGUACUGAAAAGUGUCGUUCAGAGAAGGUUUCCCCGAACAUGACGUCCUUCGAAGAUGACGAGAACUUUGGAAGCUAUAGUGUAGUGGGGUCCUUUCCGAAAGAUUUUGGCUAUGGUCCUGAGGAUCAAGAUGAACUGGCCAGCAGUGAUAAUAAGCCCAGGAUUCUAUUGUUGGGCCUCAGAAGGAGUGGAAAAUCUUCAAUUCAGAAAGUGGUAUUCCACAAGAUGUCCCCAAAUGAAACGCUCUUCUUGGAAAGUACAAAUAAAAUAGUGAAAGAUGAUAUAUCAAAUAGCUCAUUUGUACAGUUCCAGAUUUGGGACUUUCCUGGACAAAUAGACUUUUUUGAUCCAGCAUUUGACUCGGAAGUGUUAUUUGGUCACUGUGGAGCUCUGGUCUUCGUAAUAGAUGCUCAGGUAUGCUGUAAAUGUACAGUGUAUAGUACAUUGACAAUGACAGCAAGUGUUAUGUACAAAUUAUGUUAUUGUUUCAAUACAAUACAAUAAUAGUCCAUGAACUUUAUUUAUAAAGUGAGUAUAUACAAAACUAAAUAUUAUAAUUUGAACUAAAUUAAGUAUAAACUUAAAGAUAGAAAUAAUUAUCUUCAUGUAAUCACUUCAAUAGGGUACAUUUAAACAUGUGACGUUAUAAUUCUUAUAAAUUUCUAGUAUUGAAAUGUGUG